CACUACGCGUCCCACAAUGCCUCACGGCCCCGCCCCACUCCCGCGGAGACCCCGCUGGGCGGCAGCGCGACCCCUGCCCGCUGCCUGCAACCUGGCGGGCUGCGCAGGCCGGGCGCCAUGCGGAGGGGCGAACGCAGAGUCGCCAGAGGCUCGGGGUCCGGGUCUCCGCUGUUCGACGGUCGCCGCAGCACCGAGUCCGAGGUCUACGACGAUGGCACCAACACCUUCUUUUGGCGUGCCCACACCUUAACCGUGCUGUUCAUCCUUACCUGUGCACUGGGUUAUGUGACUCUCCUGGAAGAAACCCCUCAGGAUACAGCCUACAACACCAAGAGAGGUAUUGUGGCCAGUAUUUUGGUUUUCUUAUGUUUUGGAGUCACACAAGCCAAAGACGGGCCAUUUUCCAGACCUCAUCCAGCUUACUGGCGGUUUUGGCUGUGUGUUAGUGUGGUCUACGAGUUGUUUCUCAUCUUCAUCCUCUUCCAGACAGUCCAUGAUGGCCGGCAGUUUCUGAAGUAUGUGGAUCCCAGGCUGGGAGUUCCAUUGCCAGAGAGGGACUACGGGGGCAACUGCCUCGUCUAUGAUGCUGACAACAAGACUGACCCCUUCCACAACAUCUGGGACAAGCUGGAUGGCUUUGUUCCUGCACACUUCAUUGGAUGGUAUCUGAAGACCCUCAUGAUCCGUGACUGGUGGAUGUGUAUGAUCAUCAGCGUGAUGUUCGAGUUCCUGGAGUACAGCCUGGAGCACCAGCUGCCCAACUUCAGCGAAUGCUGGUGGGACCAUUGGAUCAUGGACGUCCUCAUCUGCAACGGGCUGGGCAUCUACUGUGGCAUGAAGACCCUCGAGUGGCUGUCCUUGAAGACAUAUAAGUGGCAGGGCCUCUGGAACAUUCCAACCUACAAGGGCAAGAUGAAGAGGAUUGCCUUUCAGUUCACGCCCUACAGCUGGGUACGCUUUGAGUGGAAGCCCGCCUCCAGCCUGCACCGCUGGCUGGCCGUGUGUGGUAUCAUCUUGGUGUUCCUGCUGGCAGAACUGAACACAUUCUACUUGAAGUUUGUGCUAUGGAUGCCCCCUGAACACUACCUGGUCCUCCUGCGGCUGGUCUUCUUCGUGAACGUGGGUGGUGUGGCCAUGCGUGAGAUCUAUGACUUCAUGGAUGAACUGAAGCCCCACAGGAAGCUGGGCCAGCAGGCCUGGCUGGUGGCAGCCAUCACAGUCACAGAGCUGCUCAUCGUGGUGAAGUAUGACCCGCACACACUCACCCUGUCACUGCCCUUCUACAUCUCCCAGUGCUGGACUCUUGGCUCCAUCCUGGUGCUUACGUGGACUGUCUGGCGCUUCUUCCUGCGGGACAUCACCAUGAGGUACAAGGAGACCCGGCGACAGAAGCAGCAGAGUCACCAGGGCAGAGCCGUCAACAAUGGGGAUGGGCACCCAGGGCCAGAUGAUGACCUGCUAGGGACUGGGACUGCAGAGGAAGAGGGGACCACCAGUGACAGUGUACCUGCUGAGAAGGAGGGGGCCUCAGCCGCCUCAUGAUCCUCUCCGUCUUCACUGGCCUUGUGCCAUAGGGCUGUCCCAUUUCUCCCAUCCUUAUGCUCCCUGCUUCAGAGGAGGGGGGCCCAUCCCCACUCCGCCAGGGGCACCUGAGUGUACUUGUUUGUGUGCAGGUAGGUGUGUGCACAUAUUGGCUCCUGACACUUCUCCAGGGCUGUGAGCUGACCAGUGAGCCUGGAGCAUGCUCUAGAGCAAGGGUCCUGCCCUGUCCUUCUACCUGGUCAGCGAAGGCCCUGACCCAUGGUCUCCCUCAUGCUCAGUCUCACCACAGACCAGAAGAGGCAUCUUGUACUCUUUCUCUACCCUCUGUGGGGUAGGCAGAAGCCCCAUGAGACCCUGUGGCCCCAUCCAACUUGAAGCAGCAGAAGUGAAGGCUGUGACAACACUAAGGUGGCUGCACAGUGGUAGAUCUGGAGUCAGUACUGAGACAACAGCUUUGGGGCCUUCGUUUAAGGACUCUAAGAUGGGUGGUAUGUCCACGGAGGGAGGUCAUCAGAUUGACCCCUUGAGGGGUAUCAAGUCAGAGAAUCCAACUUGGAGACCUGUACCCCAGGUGCUAGGGUUGUGUUGUCACCAUGGCUCCCUGAGUCUAGUUGCACUCGUGAGCAAACAGAACAAAUAAAGCGAUGGCGAAGGUGCAGAGCCUCCGGCUGCCUUCUCUGCCCCGUGAGAAGGGACUGCUACAUCCAUUUGGAGUUGAGUGUGUGUGCAGAAUGUAGUUCUCACAGGGCUUCAAGGGCCGUGGGAUACACCUCUCCAAGGACAGGCAUAGCUGCUCACAAGACACAUGUCCUGGGCAACUACCCCAUGACUCCCACAUUGUCUCACUGGGGGGUGGGGCAGUGAUCACUGAGGAUCGUGGGAGAUGACUAUAAACUUUACAGCUGCAGCCAUUGGGAAUGCAAAGACAAACCACCUGUCUCUGACAAGUCCAGUCGUCCCACACAUGCGGAUGUGCAAGUCUUGUCUCAGUCUUCUCAGGCAACAUGUUUCUUGGGAUUUUUGAGACCAGGUUUUGCUGCAUAGUUUAGACUGCCACAGAACUCCAUAUGUCCCAGGCUAGCCUCAAAUUCUUGCCAGUCCUCCUGCUUCAGACUCCCAGAAUUAAAGGUUUGUGCCUCUAUGCCUGACUAAAAAAUUUUAAAAAAUAUUUACUUAUUCUUAUUUUUAAUUAUAUUUGUGGGUAAAAUUACACAGGAGGCCAGAAGAGGGCAUCCCCAGGAACUGGAGUUAGAGGUGGUUGUUAGUUCCCAUCCCUCCAGCCCCACUUUCUUACUGCUAGGAGCACUGCUAGCGU